CAAACAAAUAUAAAAUAGAAAAAGCACGAAGAAAACGAGAGAGAGAUCACGGAGAGAGAGAGACACUUUUUUUUAAAAGUUAAAACUAUUGUUCACGCGUCCAUUGUAGAGAUCGAACGAAGACCACCAAGAUGGCGUGUUUAGUGGCAGGGACAGGGGUCGUAGGUUGUUGUCCUCGCACAGUACGAGGAGGAGGAGGAGGCUCGUCGUUGUCGCCGAGAUCGGAGGCUUUGUCGUUUUCGAAGGUAUCAGUACUGGUACGGAUGGGUGAGGCUAAAAAGGGUUUGACGGUGAAGGCGAUGGCGGUGGCGCCGAAAUUCAUAGGGACGCAGAGGAAAGAGCAGCAGCUGGCGGAGAUGAUAGAGAAGAAGGUGAUAGAAGCGAAGGAGGUGUGCGGCGAGGACGGGAGAUCGGACGAGUGCAAAGUGGCGUGGGACGAAGUGGAAGAGAUUAGCCAAGCCAAAGCCGAUCUGAGGCUCAGGUUGGAGAAACAAGAUCCUCUCGAGUUCUUUUGCCAGGACAAUCCUGAGACUGAUGAGUGCAGACUCUACGAAGACUGAUCACUACUUUUCCAUGAUUUUGGGGGUUGUCUUUGUCCUAUUAAGUCCUUUUCCUUUUUUUUCUUUGCUUUUGUGUAUAUGCUUAGUUGCAUCUAUCUAUGUGUUUUUUUUUUUUUGUGCUGAAUAGUUGCAUCUAUCUAUGUUGUGCUUGGUUGCUGCCCCGGCAUAAUAUUUGGGAAUGGUGGACCUUGAUAACCUUUGAAAUCAAUCACAAAGUUUCGAUAAAAUUAAUGUAAAAUCUUGGUACUCUCUA